UCGAUCCCUCAAGCUCGUUGACUAAUGGCGAUCCAAAGCCUUUGCGUAGAUAUGCAGCUCAAGGGCAACGAGGAUAGCAAUACGGCGGCCAUGCUCAGACGGAUGGGUUCCAACUUGUGCAGAGAGGAGAUGAGCACGAGCAGAUCUGCGCAGAGUUUUUGCAGCAUGUUAGAACCGAUGCUUCGAAAUGUGGUGCGUGAGGUGGUUCAGCAGAAGUUCGAUCAGUUCGUGGUCGCACUGCAACGGCCUCUGUCGUCAGUUGCUCCCCCCAGAUCUAACCAUUUGCUUAUGGAGAAACAGCCGCCAGUAGCAAGCCUGGAACUCAUGUUCGUAGAUCAAAUGUCAACGCACAUCUACACCAAAUGCAAGAUACGGAACAGAGACGACAAGCCUCUGCAAGUCAAGCUUGUCGAUGCCAUGACUAAAGAAACUCCGGUCUUUUCUCCCUCGAAGACUAUGAAGGUAGAGAUUGUGGUUCUCAAUGGGAAUUUCCCCUCACAGAAAGAGGAAGACUGGACGGCAGACGAGUUCAACAGCAACCUCGUGAAACAGAGAGAUGGAAAGCCGCCGUUGCUCGUCGGAGAAUGCACGGCGGUGCUGUCCGGAGGCAUGGCGACGUUUCAAGAAGUUGAGUUCUCAGACAACUCGAGGUGGGUGAGAACUGGGAAAUUCGUGCUGGGUGCGAGGGUUUGCUAUGGCAAUGGCGGAGGGGCAAGGAUUAAGGAAGCAACGACCAAACCUUUCAAAGUCCUGGAUCGUCGCGGUGAAGCAUAUAAGAAACAUUAUCCACCGAUGCCUAAUGAUGAAGUGUGGAGAUUGAAGAAGAUCGGCAAAGAUGGAGCAUUCCACGUGAGGUUGGACAAUGCAAAAGUAAGAACAGUGGAAGAGUUCGUGAGGCUAAUGGACAAAGAUCCAAAGCGUCUCAGAAACAUUCUAGGAAAAGGUAUGUCCGAGAAGAUGUGGAAGGCAACUACAAAGCAUGCAAGGACUUGCAAAGUUGAAGAGAAACAGUGCCUUUAUCAAGGGCAGUUGCAGAUGAAUGAUCAGUUGAACAAAGCUAAUGGAGUGGCGUAUAAUGGAUGCUUUGCCACACAAAUGAAUUCUGUGGAGGAAUAUGGAGCAGAGACUCGGCUAGUUUCAAGUUAUCAGCAGCAGAACAUGAAUAUGCCUGCAUAUGAACAAGGGAGAUCAGAGGACAACAAUAGAACUUUGCAAAGCAACAUGCAGAUGAACACCACAAUCGUAAUCGAGAACAUGGACUUCGAAUUAUUUGCAUUGCAACAAGUUUCAUCCUAGCAAAUCUUGUAGCUUUAUAUAUACUCCCCACUUAAUCUUGUAUUAUGUUUCUUAGUUGUAAUGCUUCUUCAAUAUAUCAAGACAGUAAAGCAAAGUCUGAUGGUUAAUGAUCA